UAUCGAUAGCGCCAUCGAUAGUUUUCCAGCUUUACUAUAUUAUCAUCUAUCAAAAUGGUUAGGUAUAGCUCUAUUUUGUUCGCUAUAAAUCAACACAUCCCGCUUAUAAAAUUUCGAAAAGGCGGCAUUAAGUCAUAUCUGCGAUCAGAAAACGUAUUUGGUGCUAAUGUGAAUGCUAAGCCUAACGCCGCCAUUGAAGACUGGCAAUUACCAGAGCGUUACUCCCGUAAGCCUAUAGAUAGCGUUGAAAUGGAAUAUAUUAACAACGGAGGUCCCUUAUAAAGUUUUUCUAUGAAAAUUAAUUUACUUAAUAUGUAUACUUCUGGAAACAUAAAUAAAAUGAUGAUCAUGAAAACUAA